AGGCCGCGGUGACCAAGCGUGCUGAGUCGCGCAGACUUGUGGGAUUGCUCAGUAGCCCUCCGAAUGCGCAGGCGCGGAACACCGAGUGGACAUUUUGGUCUUUGUCCGCUGGUCAGUCGGUCCCUGGGUCCACGUGGCGCGAAAGUAGGAGGUCCCCAUUCUUGUGCAUCCCUGGAAAUUACACCUUCCUCAUCCUUCAGAAAGUUGAGACCCCAGGGCUCAGAUUGAGUUCUAGAAUGGUAUUUUGGCCCCAGCAUUAACAUUCUAGUGGUGUAUCAUUUCCCCAAUAGCAGGUUAUAAACUGACCAAGCUGAACGUGAUCCCCCGUUGGAGCAAAAAGACAAGUUGGAUGGUGGAGAAAGAAGUGGAAAGGAAAUUUGUCCAGAAGACGCCUGAGAAGAUGAUGAGCAGAUAGAGAGACAAGACUUGGGAGGCAAGUUGCAUCUAUCUUCAGUAAAGUACACAGACUGAGGGGGGAAAGCAGUGAAUUUAAGAAAAUUGGAAAAAUACUUCAUCUGUUCUCCAGCUGUAUGUUUUUUAAACAACAGCCUUUUCAACUUAACCUCAAAAGAGUUUGAAAUACAAUUUAGGCUUAGUCAUGAGGGAUGUUGUAUAGGAACGAAUCAUCAAUUGUAUUAAUUUGGAAAUCCUGUUACAGGUUAUUCCUUAUGGUAAAUAACCUUUUUUAAGUGUAAAUCAGUGUGGAAAUGCCUUCAGUUUAAAAAGUUUGAAUUCCAUCUGAUGUCAGAAUAUUCAUACCCUAUGAAGUUACUGAAUGUGGGAAUACUUGCACUCAUGUGUCAUACCUUAUGAAAUGUAGACGUCAGGCUGGAGAGAAACCCUUUGCUUCUUAGGAAUAUUGAAAAGCCUUUAGCUACAUGACAUAUCUCAUUGAGCAGAAGAAAAUUCAUUCUGGAGAAAAACCAAUGAAUGUAAGAAAACUUCAUUGAGUUCUAGAAAAUACGUACUUGGAGAAAAAGUUCUGAACGUGGUAUGAUAAAGUUUUCUCUCAAACCUAUCUCUUCCUUUACAUUGGAAAGGUCAUACCCAGAGAAGCCCUACAAAUGUAAGAAAUGCAGAAACACCUUCAUCCAAAAGUAAAUCAUUUACCAAAAAUUUCAUACUGGAGAGAAACCUUGUGAAUGUGGGAAAGCUUCCAUUCAGAUGUCACGCCUCAGUCAACAGAGAAUUUGUAGUGGGGAAAACCCCUUUGCCUGUAAGGUAUGCGGGAAAGUCUUCAGCCACAAAUCAAAUCUCACGGAGCAUGAGCAUUUUCAUAAUAGAGAGAAACCUUUUGAAUGUAACGAAUGUGGAAAAGCCUUCAGCCAAAAGCAGUAUGUCAUUAAACAUCAGAAUACUCAUACCGGGGAGAAGCUUUUUGAAUGUAAUGAAUGUGGAAAAUCCUUCAGCCAGAAAGAAAACCUUCUCACCCAUCAGAAAAUUCACACUGGAGAGAAACCUUUUGAGUGUAAAGACUGUGGGAAAGCUUUCAUUCAGAAGUCAAACCUCAUUAGACACCAGAGAACUCAUACAGGAGAGAAGCCCUUUGUAUGUAAGGAGUGUGGGAAAACCUUCAGUGGCAAAUCAAACCUUACUGAGCAUGAGAAAAUUCAUAUUGGAGAGAAACCCUUUAAAUGCAGUGAAUGUGGAACAGCUUUUGGCCAGAAGAAAUACCUCAUAAAACAUCAAAACAUUCACACUGGAGAGAAACCCUAUGAAUGUAAUGAAUGUGGAAAAGCCUUCUCUCAGCGAACAUCACUUAUUGUACAUGUGAGAAUUCAUUCAGGUGAUAAGCCUUAUGAAUGCAAUGUAUGUGGGAAAGCCUUCUCUCAAAGCUCAUCUCUCACUGUGCAUGCAAGAAGCCAUACAGGUGAGAAGCCCUAUGGAUGUAAUGAAUGCGGGAAAGCUUUCUCUCAAUUCUCAACCCUUGCUCUUCAUUUGAGAAUACACACAGGUAAGAAACCUUACCAAUGUAGUGAAUGUGGGAAAGCUUUCAGCCAGAAGUCACAUCACAUUAGACACCAGAAAAUUCAUGCUCAUUAAAAACACUGAAUAUCUUUAAAAUUGGAAAGCAUUCAUAUCUCAUAGCAUAUCAGAAAUAAUCAUUCUGAAGGAAAACAUCACAAAUGAGGGGGGGGAAAAAGCUAAAAACUUUUGGGACACCAGAGAAUUCAUGCUGAAGAGAAGGACAUUUGAAUUAAAUCCUGUGCCCAGCAAAAUAACCUACAGCAAAGGUAAUGCUGAAACUUUAGAUGCAUUUUCACUAAAUGGGAAACAUGCUUGUUACUACUCUCUGCAUAGAUCUGGAGAUCUUCACUAAUGUAAUAAGAAUAUUAAGUUGUAAGUAUUGAAAUUACAUUUAUGGCAUUGUUUUAGCCACACAAAAGAGAUUCUGGAAAUAACCUAUGCAUUUAUUAGAAUUUAGAAUAGGAUAGAAAUGGCAUCAGGAGGUGAGAAGAUAAUGAGACUGUUUAAAAAAAGAUUUGGAGAUAAUUUGUUCGAGAAAAGUAGACCAUGAACUAUGCACGCACUAAAACAGGAAUAUGGAAAAGCUAUAUACUAAAAUGAUUAUGACCUUGGGAGAAGGGAAACAUUCCUUAUAAUGAGUUGAAAAAUAUCUAGCAUUUCUACUCUGAGUUUGUUUGCUCAGGAAAUAUGUACCAGGCUAUUUACUGUGGCAGAAUCUGUAGUAGCCAUAAAUUGGAAACAACUUAAAUGCCCCUGAGGAAUAAAGUAGAAAGUAGUGAAUGAUGGGAUACAUAUCUAUAAAUGUAACUAAUGAGAUCUACAUGUAUUACAGAGAAAGAUAUCAAAAAUGUAGAGGGAGGGAAUGAAGUUGCAGAAUGACACAUCUAAUACCAUGACAUUUUUGUAUAUUUGAAUUAAAAUUUGCCUCACAAAGUUCAGUACUAUAUAUUGGUAAUAGAUACAUAUAUGUAUGUAUGUUUUUAAAAUGUUUUUGAAAUGGAAGGAUACAGACCAAACUCUUGAUAGUGGUUGCCUGUGAAGAGUUGAAAAGGGAAGUGUUGGGGGUGGAGGGUGGAUUGGGGAUUGGUUAAAGGGGACUUGAUUUUUAUAUGUAAACAUCCAUUUCUCUUAAAAACAGACUGCAAGUAAAUAUAUAUCUCAAAAUACUGGAUAAUUCUGGAUUGUGGUAUAUGGCUAUCGUCUUAUUUUUUGUACUUUUCUGUAUUUUUAAAUUUUCUCUGAAUUAGUAAGAAUGGGGUGAGGAUGGGAACACAACUUACAGAAAUCAGGUUUGAAUGAAUUUAUUCCGAAAUACUAAACUUUUUAUGGAAGAUAUUUCUAAAAUUUUAUCAAUGAGGAAUGGGUAGACUUGUUCUCUAUGUAGUAUGAAAUUAUCUAUUUUAUUAAAAUUAAAAAUGAUAGCAUAAUCCAAGUGUGUUUUUUUUUUAACAUGUAUGGUGCACACUGUAUGGUUGGUCUACACAUUUGUAACAUUUUGCAGCAUAUUAAGCUCAAAAUUUUGAGAACUUUUAGUUAAAUUACGGAUACACAGACUUUAUAUAACUUGUCGUUUUAGAUAAACUUUCUGGAAUGUCAACUUUCUGUAAAUUUCCAUGGGAACAGAUAUGCAUUAAUAAAUGUUUUUGGUAGUUUUAUGUUAAGAAAGAAAAUCAGCUUCCCACAACGUCCACAAUCUGAGUUAAGUGCUAAUACCUGGAUCUCAUUUACAACGUAUAGACUAUUUUAUUCUUCCCAGUGGUUUGACAAACACACCCCUUUGGGUUCUCCCCCCCCCCGCUUUAUUGAGGUGUAAUUGACAAAUAAAAUUGUAAGAUACGAAAAA